CGUGUCAAUGUUUUAUUCGAUCGAGUUUGAGAACACAAAAAGAUUUUUUUUUCCUACGGAUUCGAUCUUCUCUCUAGCUUCUCCUCUCUCAUGCGAUUCGAUCUCUUUCCUUUCUGCUUUGAAUCGAUGUUGGAAAUCGCCAGACGACAUCACUAAUCAGAUGAAUGGAUCUAGAAUUUCUGCUUCCUCGUCCACUCUGGAGGGAAGGAAGAUUGGUGUAGCGGAUAAGCGAGCCAAGAGGCUACCUUCAAUGAACUUCAGAGUUUCAGCCAAAAGCUCCAUUAAUUCUGAAAAAGAUAUUAGGAUUGGUCUUCUUGGUGCAAGUGGCUACACUGGUGCAGAGAUCAUCAGGCUUGUUGCAAAUCAUCCACAUUUCGGUGUCACGCUGAUGACUGCAGAUAGAAAAGCUAAACAGUCAAUGAAAAGCAUUUUCCCGCACCUCAUAGCUUAAGUAUAAUCAAUUUCCAUCUGUUAAUACUUUGGUGAUGGGAUGUAUAGUGUGAUCAACGGAAAUGCGUCUGUGGUUUUCACAGGAAAUCAUCAAGGGACUGCCCACAACUUCAGCGAAAGAAGUUGUGUAUGGCCAAACAGCGUUAUUGAGGGAGGACAUUAAAAAGGUGAGACUUGUGGCUAAUCCAGGCUGUUACCCAACUUUGGUCCAGCUUCCUCUUAUUCUUCUAAUAAAGGUUUAUCUCAUUUCUUUUUCGGAAUUCUAGUUUUAUCAGAUUCUCUUGUCUUUGAUUCAACUUUACAUGUCGUAGAAGUGCAGCACUGCCUUGUUUUUCUUGACUUUGAGCAUUUUUUAAAAACUCCUAAAAGGAUUCUACCAUUGGAGCAAAAACAACAAAAAUAUCUUAACAAGGAUUCUUAACAUAUAUUUUAUAAUUAAAUAUUAACUAAGAAUCUCAUUAGAGUUUCUUGCAUUGCACAUGCUAACUUUCUUAUUAGUAUGAAAUUUAUUCACUUUGGGUCUAAGUGGCAAAGCCCGCACUAAUUUGUCUUUGGACUCUUCUCAAAAGACCUCAUAAUAAUCAGAGUUAGACAUUACUUAUAUAUCAGACCAUUACUAUCUAAUCUUUUGAUAUGGAACUUGGAUUAAUAUCCCAAUAACCCCUCCCUCAAACCAAGGACCAUACAAGCCAUUUGCUUCCAACCUUCCGCGAAACUUGCCACCCAUCUUGUACCAUCUUGUAUCGAUGUACACACCCUUAAUCGCAAAGUUAGUUUGAGGACUCUCCCACAACAAAAAGUAGACCCAACUCACUUUCCAAGGUCCACUUUCUGAAUCUUGGUGCUGCUAUCAAUUGUUAGACUUUUCAAACCCAUGUCCAACUUUCUUAUUAGUAUGAUAUUGUCUGCUUUAGGCUCUAAGUGGCAAAGCCCGCACGGAUUUGUCUUUAGGCUCCUCCCAAAAAGCCUCAUACUAAUAUUAGACUAUUACUAUCUAAUUUUCCUAUGUGGGACUUGGAUUGAUAUCCCAAUAAAACGAUAAUUGACGGCACCAAUCAUUGAGUUUCUGUCGCUAGUUCUUUAAAAGAGACUACUGUCCUCCGACUUUUUGAUCGCUGGUUUUUAAUAGCAUCACCAAUGAUUUAACUUUUCUGACGCUGUGCUUCCAGAGUCUAAUUCUAGCAACAGUGAGAAAAAAGAUUCAGUUAUCAUCAAGUGUAUUUGUCAGCCGCUGAAUGCUGACGCUGCGAUAAUUAAACAAACAAGGCUGAAGGGCUGAAGCUAAUACUAUUGCGAAAGUGGAGAGGAAAAUGAAAGAAAAAACGAAUAUAUUCGAUUAGUUGCCACUUGCCACUUGCUAUCGGAAUAUCGAAUGUUGGAAACAAAGGUGUUGAAAAUGUGUUUUUGCAGGCGUCGCUGGAAUAGUAUACCAGAGUAAAGACUAUAUAUAUCCAGAUAAAGAAAUAUGAUUCUAGAAAAGAGACAUGUACUGAGUUGACUGUAAUAAAUUGAGUGUGGUUUUUAUUAUUACUAGGAAUACGACCCCGCUUCACAAGGUUAAUUUUCCAUGUACUGAAAAUUAAACAAAAAUUUAUUUAAAAUAAUUAUAAGUAAAAUGAUAAAAUAAAAAUCAUAUGUAAAUAUGUAA